AUGAGAAUCCCCGAAACCAACGAGUUGGGAUGGACUGUUCUUGUCACUGCAUAUGCCCAGCUUGGGCAUAUGGAAAAAGCCAAAGAGCUUUUCAGUAAAAUGCCACACCGCGACUUAAGCUCGUGGAACGCAAUGCUAGCAGCAACGUCCAGUCUGAAAGAAGCAAGGUCUCUGUUUGAUGGCAUGCCACAGAGGAACAUUGCAUCGUGGUCGACAAUGAUCACCGCACUGGCCGAGAGAAACCAGCUCGAAGAAGCUCGCAUUCUCUUCCAUCGAGCUCCUUAUCACGAUGACGUGGUGUGGACUGCCAUGAUCUUGGCCUACUCCAACCACGGCCACCUCGAAGAAGCCAGGAAGAUGUUUGCACGGAUGCCACAGCGCGCGAUGUUUGCUGGCAGCAUGGCGAUGGAGGGCGAGGCGAGAAACGAGAUAAGUUUCCAGGGGAUUUUCCUGACUUGCAAUCACGGUGGGAAGCUCCGUGUGGCACUCGACUACUUUCGAUCUAUGGUGGCGGAGUACAGUAUUUCUCCAAAUGUGAUUCACUUCCAGGCGAUGGCAGAUGUGCUGGGACGGGCCGGGCUGGUUGCCAAGGCCGAAGGUCUGCUGCUGGUGAUGCCCUUCCAGCCGCAUUUCCUCGCGUGGAAGAGCUUCAUCAGCGCUUGCAAAGUUCGUGGUAACGGCAAGAACAUCAAUGUUGCAGCUCGUGCCGCAGAGAAACUCUUGGAGAUGAAACCAGGGGACUCUGGCGCUUUACGUGCUCAUAUUGCUCUAGAAUGCCCAAGAGAUUGUCAAGAGCCUGCCAGUGAGAAAAGACGAACCACUUUGAUUAAUGUUGCGGGUGACUGGAAGCGGCCGUACUGA